GCCAUCUAUGAGCCCAAGUCCCAACGAGCUGAACGUCUACGACUGGCGCAUUUGCCUGGAGCUUUGUUGGUGGAGAUCCCCAACAACUGGACCUUGUGCAGCAGCACCCAGGAUUGCGGCAGGAUCGAAUUUCUGGCCAAAGAGGUAGAGGCUGGAUCCAAGAAGAAACCUGACACAAUGAUCAUGGCCAGAGCCUUAGAAACAGGAACGAAAUAUGCCAAUCUCUUCAAAUCCCAGGCCAAAAAGAAGCAGAUCUUCGUGAAAUUCAGCGUCGAGAAAGGGGAAGCAGCUGCUGCUGAGAUGGCUGGUGAGGCACCACCAGCUGUGAAUAUCACGGACAACAUGAUGAAAGACAUCGUAGAGAAUUACAAGACUGGUGGCUCAGUGAAGGACCUCGCCAAGUACUACAAGUCGUGUGUUGAUGGUGCUGUGGUGUGGAGCUGCGGCUGCCAGGCCGCCAGCGCUUUGAGGGCAAAGCUCUUGAAAGAUGGGUCUUUGAUUGCCUGGCCGGGUCCCACGAUGGUGGGCGUGACUAAGAACAAGGAGGCCCAGCGCAUCAACACUCCUUUGCUGAAGUUGGUUGCUGACUUCUGGUGCCCACAAUGGACUGCGCCGGCCAUGAUACCCAUAGAUGAUAUCAAAGCUGAGGUGAGAAAACUUCGUGAAUACCUUUCCUUGCCUUGCCGGCCAGCCCAAGUUCAUUGCGAUGGUGACGCGAUCAAGACUUUUGUGACAGCUAUCAGCAGGGAACUUCACAACGCUGAGACCAAAAGGGACCCAUUGGUGCACGAGCUCUACUCGCAUUUCCGGGCGUAUUGGCCCCACAAGAGGUCCCAAGUUUCCCAGGAGCCACCGGAGGUGGAGGCUGCUGUGGGUGAGGCGGAGGCUGCUGGGCGUGGUGCAGGGGAGGCCGCUGAUAAUCGUCCAAGUCCUGAGUCUGAAGAGUCGCUGGACGAGGAAGUUGAUGAUGUCGAGCUUGCUUUGGCAUUGGGAGUGCCAUCCAACUGCGUUGAGAAGAUGAGUCCGCGAAAGGUGGCUGUGCCAGAUGGUUCCAUGGAUGGACAGGAGGUCCAUCCCAAGGAACCUUCCCACACCUCAGGGAUUGCCCAGCCAGAGCUGUCUGCAGCAGAGCUUCGUGACCUUCGAAUCCAAGAGCUGACGGCCCUUCUGGCGAAGUGCAAGCGGACACCCAUGGUGACUGCCGCCGAAGCUUCAGUGCCAGCAGUGCAGCCUGAAAAUCCAGACCAAGUGCAGACAGUGCCCUGCGACCUCACUCCGAUCGUGAAAACUUUCUAUGGCCCCGUGGAAUCCAAGUCCAAUGCCUUCCAGCAUGCAGAGAUGGACGACAAGAAUGAUCCCGAAUCUUUGCUGACUGCGAAGACCAGGCGACUUGACUCUUUCGCAGAUCCACCAGAAGUAGCCCGGCCGGAUUCUUCUGAGUCCAAGCUUGCAGCAGCUAGUGCUGCCGGAGGUGAAGAGGCUGAUGGUGAAGAGAUCGAACCUCGAAAUUUGGAUUCGGUUUUUGAUGCGGAGGCAGACAUCAGCCGCAUGGAGCAGCAGAAUUGGAAACGAGAGCUAGAUCGGCAAUCCAAGAAGGAGGACGAGGGGGACGGCAAUGAGACAGAGAAGCCUUCCAGUGCGGGUCGCAAGCCCCGUGCCAAGGCGAAGGCCAAGGCAAAGUCCAAGGCGAAGGCUAAGGCGAAGUCCACCAGAACCAAGACAGUUGCAGCUGCUGAGGAGGGGGAGAAGAAGAAGACAGGUCGUGGAAAGAAGAAAGCCUUGCGGGAUCAGUCUGAGCCUGACCUGGUCACUCCACCCCCCAAGGAGUCCAAAGUGCGUGGGACAGGAUCCAAGCGAAAGGCCCCAAAGAACGACUUGGACGAGGUUGAGGGGAAGAAGGUGAAAAAGACUUUUGCGCGGCGCUACCGACCCACCACGGCCAGCGGCGCUGCUUUGUGGGAUGCUUUGUCCGCUGCUUUUGCGACGGUAGCCAUCCAGUUGAAUGCCCCGUCCAAGAUGGAGGCUUCCUUUUGGACCUAUGCUGUUGGCAAGUUUUCUGAUGAAGGCUUCGACAUCGGAUCCAUGACUCAGAAAGAUUUGGACGGUGAAGCGCAGACCGCAGCCGGCAUGUUUGUGUAUGAGCAGAACCAGCGCAUGGCAGCAGCCACCAGUGCUGCAGCCUUUCUCUUGGUCAUUCUCUUACUCUCAUGGCAGUCCUUUUUCGACCUUGGGCGAUCGCGGGAGUACGAGGUAGUGGAAUACUUUGCUGGCUGCGCCAGGAUCUCUCGUAUGGCGGCUGGCAUGGGAUACAGGUGUGCCAUUUGCGUGGCCCUUGAAGGGAAACUCGACAACCUGGUCACCUUUUGGGGAAUAUGUUGCAGCUCUUGGGUACACAUGAACACAGGAACAUCUCAGAGAGAUGCCCUAACACCAAUGGGGUGUGCAGCUUUUCAUUCGGUCAACAUGGCCAAUCUUCUUACUUCGAGGUCAAUUCUCCUAAUCCUCCUAUGCAUUUGCAUGGGAGGGGUCCCAGUGAUCGAAAACCCUGGCACAUCUUUGAUCUGGAUGCAUGACAGAUUCCAAUGGCUGUUGGAAGUGUUGGAGCGAUGUGGCAUGAAGAUGUACAAGCAGCGAUUUUGGAUGUGCCACUUCAACAGUCCCUCUAUGAAAAGAACGAUUCUCUGGUCUACAGGAUCAGCCAUUGCAGCUCUCAAAAGGUACGCAACUAUGAAGAAGGCAGAUUUCACUUUUGACCCCAAAAAUAGCACCACAGUCCGAUACACCAACUCUGGGGGCAAGAAAGCGUAUAAAGGCAGUUCAAAGCUGAAGGCAAGUCAGACCUAUACCCCGCAAUUUGCAGCCUUCACUGCAAGAAUGUUGCCUUUCCUGACUGAUUCAAAAUUCAAACAGAAACUCCCAGCUGUGGACGAGUCGAAGCCAUUCAUUCAAAUCUUCGAGGAGAUGGGUUGGGGUGACGUUUGGGAUGCUGAGAGAGAAGCGGAUGAAAUCCGGGCCGCGCAAGCGGCUGUCGUGCCAAAGGGCCCCCAUGACACACUACCACCGGGUGUGGUGGAGGUGGUGGAUUCCCAACCGGCAACGCCAGAUGGGAGGGUGGCCCUCUCCAAGGAUGCUAUUGAUAAGAGGCUUCGCCGUGUUUUUCAGCCACGGGCUUAUGGGACUUAUUUGGUCAGUGAAGAUUUUGUGAAGAAAUGCACCGCCCGGGGUGAAGAUCGUGAAAAGCUACUUAUCAUGUUUGAGAAGUGCGAUUACGACAAGUUCGUGCGCCGUUGCAAGAAGAUCACUCAGGAGAUUGAUGAGACUGAACUGGACAUAGGCUACUCUUUCAUGACGGUGGAGGACAUGGAAAAUGAAGGGUGGAAGAUUGAUGGAGUCAUAGCCUAUUGCGAGAAUGACCCGUCUUUGCAAAGGACUUCGAAAUACGGCGGUGGAACAAUGUACUGGGUGGAGAACGCCAUCACCGGACACAAAAGGAACAUCAAGCGCAACACCCUCGAAAGAAUGAUGGAGUGGGAAGAGGAUGGUGAAGUUCAAGACUUGGACCUUACUCUCCCCGGCCGACAGGCUUUAGGCAACGCCUUUGGACAUCAGGAUGCUGGCAACGCUCCAGGACCUGGGCCAUCGGAGGGUGAAUUUGCCAAGGCCCUUCGACAGGCAGGAUUCCCAGAGGUAGAGUCAAAGGCUGCCCCGCAGACGAUCGUCAACAAGGUUCUUACUGGCAUUCAGAAACGGGUCCUCAAAAUGCAAGAGUUUCUGGAUAAGUUCAAGGGCUGCCAAGACAUGCCGUUGGUAGCGAAGAUGGUGGAGAAAAUCCAGGGGCUCAAGGGCAGCCUGGAAGAGCAGGGUGAGAAGCUUUCGGAGCUGCAUGGGACGGGUAUUAUUGAUGGCUUUGGUCAGGAGCUUCAACAGUCUAUGAAUGAUGCAAUUCGUCAAGCCCGUAAAGUGGCUGGAGAAGCGCUGAUGCUCGAACCUCGUGCCAGGGCUCUUCUGAAUGAUGUCCAGCGCAAGCGACGUUCUGAGUUGCCCGGCAAUUCUUCCAAGAGGCCGAAGCCGGGCCUCACACCUCAGGGGAAGGCAAGAGCACCAAAGGCAGCCCCGAAACAGGUUGCCAAGGCCAAAGCCAAGGCGAAGGGAGCUGCAGCUCCAAAGUAGUGUGGGAGGCAAUUUAGCCUUUUUCGGAUCAUCAGUCAAUUUGAUUGAUGUCAAGUCUGGGUAAAUGGGGCUUGGAAUGGGCGACCCUAUUCCGAAUAAGCCCAGCAGAAACGGCAGCAGCUUCUGUAGUUGGC